CUUGGCUAGCUGACGCAGGCCGGGUACAGAGUAACAGUUUAUUUAGGCUUAUGUAAUAUAGCUAAUGAAUAAACCUUUGUAGGCGCCACUCCUGAUAGAGCAUGUAGCUGGAUGUUUAAUCAUGUCAGAAAACGCUGAGUCUGUAAAGCACUUGAGUGUAAACUCGAACUUAAGCUAUGUUUGACUAGCAACUUAGUAAUAAUAAUAAUGGCUUUCUAAAGCAGCUGUUCAGUUCAGACUGGUUUAUCUGCACAGGUGAUCUUCAGGCGAAGGUUGGCAUGGCGAAGCCGUCCUGCCUGGUGAAGCCGGUGUCCUGGACUAAGAUACCUGGUCGUUAUCUGGCUCAUCAGGAGUCUCUCCCAAAGCUGCCAGUGCCUCCUCUGAAGCAGACGUGCGACCGCUACCUGGCUGCUCUGGAGCCCAUCGUGGAUGCCGAGAUGCUGAACCACACAUGCAGGCUGGUGGAGGAGUUUCAGCUGCCCGGUGGAGUGGGAGCCAGACUGCAGAAGAGCCUGGAGAGGAGGGCGAGCACGCUGGAAAACUGGCUCUCUGACUGGUGGUUAAAGACAGCAUAUCUGGACUACCGGCUGCCUGUGGUUGUCCAUUCGAGUCCUGGAGUUGUCCUUCCUCGCUUACAAUUUAAUGACCGUCACGGUCAAAUAAGAUACGCGGCUAAACUGAUUGCUGGAGUUUUGGAUUUCAAGACCAUGAUUGACAAUGAAACCUUACCGGUGGAGUAUCUUGGUGGGAAGCCGCUGUGUAUGAAUCAGUAUUAUCAGGUUCUGUCUUCCUGUCGCAUACCCGGGACUGAACGGGACUCGGUGGUGAAUCACGCUUUGAGCAAGAGGCCGCCUACUCACAUCACCGUGGUGCACAACUUCCAGUUCUUCGUGCUGGACGUGUACAACAGUGAUGGCACACCGCUGACAGCGGAUCAGCUCUAUAUUCAGCUGGAAAGAAUCUGGAACUCUUCCCUGCAGACCAACGAGGAGCCGAUCGGGAUCCUCACCUCCAGUCACCGCAACAACUGGGGCAAAGCCUACGCCAACCUCAUUAAAGACAGAACGAAUAAUGCGUCAGUCCAGGCGAUUCAGAAAAGUAUCUUUACCGUGUGUCUGGAUGCUCCAAUGCCCCGAGUCUCAGAUGAGAUGUACCCCACACGAGCAGCUGUGCAAAUGCUGCAUGGAGGAGGCAGCCGGUGGAACAGUGGAAACCGCUGGUUCGAUAAAACACUUCAGUUUAUCGUCGGUGAAGACGGCACAUGCGGUGUGAUCUAUGAACACGCCCCUGCAGAAGGUCCUCCAAUCGUGGCUCUGAUUGAUCAUGUGGUGGAGUACACAAAGAAGUCUGAGAUGAUUCGUACCCCCAUGGUUCCUCUGCCCAUGCCUAAGAAACUGCACUUCAACAUCACACCAGAGAUUAAAAGCAACAUUGAGGAGGCCAAGAAGAACAUGAAUAUAAUGGUUCACGACUUGGAUGUGCGAGUCAUUGUGUUCUCCCACUUUGGUAAAAAUGUUCCAAAGUCUCAUAAGAUGAGUCCUGACGCAUUUAUUCAGGUGGCACUACAGCUGGCUUAUUACAGACUGUAUAAGCGUUGCUGUGCCACAUACGAGAGUGCCUCUCUGCGCAUGUUCAAACUGGGCCGAACAGACACCAUUCGCUCAGCAUCCAUCGACUCUGCCAACUUCGUCCGAGCCAUGGACGACCCUGCCAAGCAGAACCAAGAGAAGGUGACUCUGCUGGAGAAGGCAGUGAAGGCACACCGAGCAUACACAGACAUGGCGAUCCAUGGCCAAGCCAUCGACAGACAUUUGCUUGGCCUGAAGCUGCAGGCUGUUGAAGACUUGUCAGCCCUGCCAGAAAUCUUCAUGGACCCGUCUUAUGCCACAGCCAACCACUACAACCUUUCCACCAGCCAGGUCCCAGCUAAGACUGACUGCGUGAUGUGUUUCGGCCCGGUGGUGUCUGACGGCUACGGCGUGUGCUACAACCCCAUGGAGAAACACAUUAACUUUGCAGUCUCUGCUUUUAACAGCUGUGCAGACACCAGCGCCACACGACUGGCCCAUGCCCUAGAGGACGCGCUGCUGGAUAUGAAGAGCCUGCUGGAUCAGACACUCAAAUCCAAGCUGUGAGGACAGAGGAGCUCACUACGACUCUACAGCCAUUAUACUGAAGUACUUGAGAGGACAUUCAAGAAGUUCCAGAUGAAAAUUUUAUAUUUUAAUGGAGAGUGUCAAUCACUUUGCACAGAGCCACUGUUUGGAAUGAGAAGACUUUUCAUAUUGUUUUACAGACUUUCUAUGUGAUUAGUUGCCACUACAUCGCUUCUCUCUCUCUCUCUCUCUCUCUCUGUGUGUGUGUGUGUGUGUGUGUGUGUGUGUGUGUGAGAGAGAUAUUUUGAUAAAAAAUUUUAUUUAGAGAAUCAUAUAAUUACAAUAUACUUUAAAUACUGAAGCAGAAUGACAAGUUUUUCACUUACGUGAACAGUGAUUUGUACACGAGUGUACUGUAGAUUAUUUUGCAUUUUUGGUAACAUGAGUACCGUGUACUGCAUUUCCAGAUUGUAACUGCUACAGCACCGCAUGGCCACGCCUUUUCAUUUGGACUUUGAUUAAUGUGUCUUGUAACUACUACAAGUGACAAAAUGAUUCUAUUCUAAAAGAAAACACUUCUUAAACAUAAUCAUGAUGUUAAUUCGUAUGUUGAACAAUAAAAGAGAUGGUUCUAAAACUCUCAGGUAGUAAUUGGCUCUCACUCAAACAGGGCUGAGUUAUAUAAUAAUAUGAUAAUAGUUAUGAGUCACAACACACUAUACUUUUUGUGGAUGUCGACUGCAUUAUAAUACAGACAGACUCAGAUGGUACGGUAACAAGUGCCUGAUUUUUGUUUUCUUUUUUAAUUCAUCGUAAGUUCUUCAACUCUUUACACUUUUGUAAACAUUUUUUAAAAAGAUCAUACAUAUAUAUUGUGUGUGUGAAAUUGCCUUCCAGUAUCAUGACAUGAUGUCCAUCUUUACUAACAAUGCAACUGUAUGUAGGUUGCCUGUGGUAACAUUAUUCAGUCAAAGAAAUAAAUUCCAUUUUUCAUGGGAGAAUGACA